AUGGCAGAAGUAGACGAUGCCUUCAUCCAACCCUCCGAGCACAGGCCCGAACCCCACCGCACGAUCCAAGCCCAAAACAUACCAUUAAUCGACCUUUCGGGCCCCGCCAUCUGCCCAUCGGGCCUGAUAUCCCAGAUAGGCGACGCCUGCCGCGACUGGGGAUUUUUCCAGGCCAUCAACCACGGCGUGCCGGCCGAGAGCCGCCGCAAUGUCGAGUUGGCCGCCCGGAAAUUCUUCGCCCUGCCUAAAGAGGAGAAGAAUAAAGUCGCCCGGGAUAGGGCAAACCCGUUUGGGUAUUAUGACAGCGAGCACACUAAGAAUGUUAGGGAUUGGAAGGAAGUUUUCGAUUUUGCGGUCGAAAAUCCGGUUAUUGCUCCGACACUGCGCGAACCGGACCGUUUGGAGCUGAGGGAGCUGUUCAAUAAGUGGCCUCAGGGUACCCCUGAAUUGAGGGAAGCAUGCGAAUUGCACGCAAUCGAGAUGGAAAAACUAGCUUUCAAGCUACUUGGUCUGAUAGCCUUGAGCUUGGGCUUGCCCGAGGACCGUUUUAACAGAUUUUUCAAGGACCAAACGAGCCGCGUGAGGCUCAACCACUACCCGCCCUGCCCUUCUCCUCAUCUAACUCUUGGCGUAGGCCGGCACAAGGACACGGGUGUCCUAACCAUUCUUGCUCAGGAUAAUGUCCCAGGGCUUCAAGUGAAGAGGAAAACCGAUGGAGAGUGGAUUCUCGUAAAGCCUACUCCCGAUGCUUACAUCAUCAAUGUUGGUGAUAUAAUCCAGGUUUGGAGUAACGACAAGUAUGAGAGCGUUGAACACAGGGCAGUGGUGAAUUCGGACAAGGAGAGGCUUUCGAUUCCUUAUUUCUUGUAUCCCGCGCAUUACACGUGGGUGGAGCCCGUGAAGGAGCUUGUAGACGAGCAAAACCCGGCCAGGUUUAAAGGCUAUAAUUGGGGAAAGUUUCGGGCCACACGAAACUACGGUAAUCUGAGGAAGCUUGAUGUGGAGAAUAUUCAGAUAUCACAUUUCAGGAUAUGA